AUGGAGCUCACCAUACUCCUUCUCCUUGCUCUGCUCACCGGACUCUGGGUCCUCCUGGCCAGAGGCCGCCCAAAGGCCCAUGGCCGCCUCCCGCCUGGCCCCCGUCCUCUGCCCUUCCUGGGGAACCUUCUGCAGAUGGACAGAAAAGGCCUGCUCAAAUCCUUCCUGAGGUUCCAACAGAAAUAUGGGGAUGUCUUCACGGUGUACCUGGGGCCGAGGCCAGUGGUCAUCAUAUGUGGGACAGAGGCCAUUCGGGAGGCCCUGGUGGACCAGGCCGAGGCCUUCUCUGGCCGAGCGAAGAUCGCCGUUAUUGACCCAAUUGUCCACGGAUAUGAUGUUGUCUUUGCCACCGGGGAACGUUGGAAGGCCCUUCGGCGAUUCUCUCUGGCCACCACGAGGGACUUCGGGAUGGGAAAGCGGAGCGUGGAGGAGCGGAUUCAGGAGGAGGCUCAGUGUCUGGUUGAGGAGCUGCGGAAAACCCCGGGAGCCCUCCAGGAUCCCGUCUUCUACUUCCACUCCAUCACCGCCAACAUCUGCUCCAUUGUCUUCGGAAAACGCUUUGACUACAGAGAUCCUGAGUUCCUGAGGCUGCUGGACUUGUUCUUCCAAUCUUUCGUGCUCAUCAGCUCCCUGUCCAGCCAGGUGUUCGAACUCUACCCCAGCUUCCUGAAGUACUUUCCUGGCUCACACAGGCAAAUCUACAAAAACCUGCAGGAAAUCAACGUCUUCAUUGGCCGCAGCGUGGAGAAGCACCGUGAGACCCUCGACCCCAAUGCCCCCCAGGAUUUCAUUGACUGCUACCUGCUCCGCAUGGAAAAAGAUAAGUCCGACCCCCAAAGCCACUUUGAUCAUCAGAACCUCAUCAUGUCUGUUCUGUCGCUCUUCUUUGCUGGCACGGAGACAACCAGCACCACGCUCCGUUACGGGUUCCUGCUGAUGCUCAAGUACCCGCACAUCGCAGUGUUUCCACUCAUGAAUUGGAGAAGGAAAUGGCAACCCACUGCAGUGUUCUUGCCUGGAGAAUCAUGUGGACAGAGGAGCCUGGUGGGCUGCUGUCAAUAG